CGUCAUGGGUGUCUGAAAACAGCAAAGAAAAGAGCGUUCAGACGUCUAGAAGUAAGGACAUGAUGACAGUGGUCCUGCUGGGGAAGAUAAGCAACAACAAGUGUCUCGUAGGGAACGCAAUUUUUCAAAAAGAUCAUUUCCGAUCAGAGAGGGUCCGCUGUGAGAAGAUCGUGGAUAAUGUUGGUGGUGAGAAGGUCUGUAUUAUCAACACUCCAGACCUUUUUCAUAAACCAAGCUCAUCAGAUCCAGAAGCUGACCGAAUGGACGAGCUGAAGCCAUCGUACGCAGGUCCACGUGUGUUCCUCCUUGUACUCCAGGACAGAAUGGUGUCACCAGAAGAGAUGGAGAUGUUUACUGAUGUAAAGAAGAAGCUUGGACAGAAAAUGGUUGAACAAACAAUUGUGCUGGUUAACGGUGAUAAAAAGGUAUCUUCAGCUUCAAUGGACACACCAUUGUCAUUCAAAAAAGGCAACGACAUAAUCCUGAAUGAGUGUGGAAGCAGACUGUGUGUUUACAGCAAACACAUGAAGAAUACUGAACUAAUCAAAGAACUGAUGAAAUACAAAGAAAGCAUGAAGAACCAAACAUCAGAAACUACAAGAGUAAGAGGGAUGCAUCUCAAUAAGGUGAUGCAAACACCAAAUAAAACAGUUAAGGUGGAUCAGCCAAAACCUUUGACCAUCGUGCUGCUGGGACAGACAGGAUGUGGGAAGAGUGCUACAGGAAAUACAAUCUUAAAAAAGCACCAUUUUGAAUCACAUGCCAGUUCUGUGCCAGUAACAAAGGAGUGCCAGAUGGCAGAGGACACUGUUCAUGAAAUGAGGAUUAGGGUUAUAGACACUCCAGAUUUCUUUAAUGAAGACCUUAAAAACCAGGAAGAACAGAUAAAGAAGUGCAAAGAGCUCGCUCAGCCAGGGCCUGAUGUGUAUUUGCUGGUCAUGCAGCUUGGCCGUUUCACAGAGGGCGAGAGAGAGGUUCUCCCACAUCUGAAGAGAGAGUUUGGCGAGGAUGUGACUUUAAAGACUCUAAUUCUUUUCACGGGUAAAGAGAAGCUGAAGAACAGGACUUUAACUGAUUACAUCAAUGGUAGCGACACAGAACUUCAGGAACUGAUCAAAACCUGUCAUUCAAGAUGUCGCGCAUUUAACAACAACAAUGAGAAAUCCAGUCAUCAGGUGAAAAAACUUCUGGAUCUCAUUUCUGACAUGCAGGAAAAUAGUGCCAUAGCAAGCCAUCACGGUCAUAGAAAGAAGCAUAAGGAGAACAAAGAAUGCAGUAUCUUGUAAGUUUAAGUGUGUGUAUGUGCACAACUAUAAUUGGAGAACCUUUUCUAAAAAUGCAUAAGUUUUAUUAUGGUUAAUCUACAGUUGGUAUAAUUGUGUAAGGUGUAAUAUUAGGGACUGUUAGAAGCAUAUUUAAUUGUACCUUUAUUUACUGUGAACUACUAAAAAUGUCUUGGAUAGUGGAUAUGUAAUGGUGAUUAUACUGAAAAGAAAGUGAAAUAUUUAAAUAAAUAAUAAAA